AUGAUUGAUCGAUUGCUUCGUCGAUUUCAAUCAAUUUCUGCGGAUAUCUUGUCAAUUCCGUGGUUCUCUUUCGGUUGUUCCACCGAUCAUUCUACAGCUUCUUCGAUGGUGAUUGCUCACAAGGUUCGGCGUUUCACUGGUAAAGCAAGUCUGUAUGCUUGGAACUCUUUAAUUCCUGAAGAUGUUUCUUCAGAUUCUGUCCAUCUACUGCGUUUAACUUGUAUCAAUGCGAUUGAUCUUGUGGCUGAUAUUGUGGAGUCGUAUUCAUCGUUUCCUGGUUUGGUUGGACUCAUUGUUCCACCGGGAGUGAUUCUUCCCUACGGUUCUCUAUCAAGACGACCAGAUGAUCCAUCUCCUCUGGUAUGUACGUAUUCUUUGAUCUUGCUCUUUACGAAAGUAGCUUCGAGUGCACCGUAUAUUGUUCAUGGUGUUGCUGCUUGGAGAUAUUUGGCAAGUAGCUACGUUUUUAGUGAAACGGACAGAAAAUUUUUUUAA